AUGAAGUUCUUCGGCUGGAUGCAGAACAAGCAAAAUGCGAAACAAGACCAAAACAGAACAAGCACUUCCUCUGCUUCUUCUCAUCAUGUGAAGCAAGAGCCAAGAGAGGAGUUUAGCGACUGGCCUCACGCGCUCCUCGCUAUUGGAACAUUCGGUACCACAAGCAAUGGUGCGAGCGAAAACAAGAGCAACAAUGUUCGUGAAGAGAUCGAAGCAGAGAUUAAGUCUACCGAGCAAGAAGAAGAGCCUUCUUCCUCUGAUGAUAUUGAGGAUUUUACUCCCGAGGAAGUUGGGAAGUUGCAAAAGGAGUUGAUGAAGCUCUUGUCAAAAACCAAGAAAAGGAAGUCUGAUGUGAACAGAGAGCUCAUGAAAAAUCUUCCUUUGGAUAGAUUCUUGAAUUGUCCAUCAAGUUUAGAGGUCGAGAGGCGAAUCAGUAAUGCGCUAUGCGCUGUUGUGGAUUCGUAUGAGGAGACUAAGGAUGAAGAUAUGGAGCGAACGAUCAAUGUUAUUCUAGGUAGAUGCAAAGCGAUAUCUACAGAAAGUAAGAAGAAUAAGGAGAAGAGUGACAUAAGCAAGACAUCUGUCUCAUAUCUUUUCAAGAAGAUCUUUGUUUGCGCUGAUGGGUUUUCUACAACCCCGAGCCCUAGCUUGAGAGACACGCUUCAAGUUUCAAGAAUGGAGAAGUUGUUGAAGAUGAUGUUACAUAAGAAGAUUAAUGCCCAAGCCUCCUCAAAACCAACAUCAUCGACACCAAAGAAAUACUUGAAAGACAAGAAGCAGCUCUCUUUGAAGAGUGGAGAAGAACAAGAAGAAACCAACGAAAGAAGAAGUAGUAGCGACGGACAUAAAUGGGUCAAAACAGAUUCUGAUUUCAUCGUACUUGAGAUCUGA